AUGGCUGCCAGCAAUGACCUCCGGGGCUGGGUCAUGAGCGCCGUGUCGGGCGUGGCUUGUGUCUUGGGGUCGGCUGUCAUUUGUGUGGAUCUUGUUUUACGGCGAUUGUCUCGCCGUAAAAGCUUCCAGAUUGUCCAUAACAAUGGCUUCUUAUCUGCGUCUCUGAGUCUGAGCGCGGGCGUUAUGCUUUACACUUCUCUCUAUAGCAUGCUGCCUACUUCUCAUCGGUACCUGACUCGGGCUGGCUUGUCCCCCUCGCUCGCUGCAUACGUGCUUAUCGGUCUCUUUCUGGCGGGCGCGGUCGUCAUCCGUUUGGCAUCGGCACUAUUGCAUCGCUACAUACCGUCACAUGUCGUCGAUUGUGCUCAUACCCAUGAGCCACACCCCACCUCUGGUCAUGAACACGGGGGCAAGCCAGACGGCCAUUCACACUCCCACGGCCCUAACCACCUGAAUGAGCGAACUCCUCUUUUGACGCACAAGUCUUCCCCGGCCACUGUGACCGUCCCUGCUGCUGGAGACGACCCAGGCGCACUUCUGCGAAGGGAAUCCCUGCGUAUCCGCUUCACACGACGCCUCAGUCGUUUGGUUGGCGGAGUCAAGUCACAAUGCGACGAGAAUGGCCCUUGUUUUGGCUUUUCGCAGGCGUGCGGGCACGAAUGCACCAAGACCCUCGAGGGACCGGAAAUCUCUGUCCUGGAUGACGGCACCGUGCGCCCGCCGCUGCCGCACCCCCACAGCAUAUCCGUGCAAGUGGACUCAGCACAAUUGGAUGAUCUUGAGGCAAACCUACCAUCCUCGCAAAUUCGACCUCAAGAGGCGAGUUCCUCUUCGUCCCGUACUGGGCUUCUUGACGACCAGGAUGUGGCAUCUGAGGACGGAACUAAGCCGCCACCCAAUCCCCAACACCAUCACCAUGUGCCACAGAACGCCUUUCUCUCCAUCGGUCUGCAGACAUCGAUGGCGAUUGCUCUGCACAAGUUGCCGGAGGGGUUUAUCACCUACGCCACGAACCAUGCGAGCCCGACUCUAGGCCUCACGGUUUUCUUGGCGCUUUUCAUCCACAACAUCAGCGAAGGAUUCGCUAUGGCCUUACCUCUGUAUCUCGCGCUGCAUUCGCGCGGCUGGGCGAUGUUCUGGUCAAGUUUGCUAGGUGGUAUCAGCCAACCCGCAGGCGCUGCGCUGGCAGCUCUCUGGAUCUGGGGUGCUCGGCGUGCUAAUGGUGACGACACCGCUGGCCCGUCCUGGGGUGUCUACGGCGGUAUGUUUGCCGCGACGGCGGGAGUUAUGAUCUCGGUUGCUCUGCAGCUGUUCAGCGAAGGCCUUACCCUAACUCACAAUCGGGGAUUGUGCACUGGGUUCGCUAUCGGAGGAAUGGUCCUGAUGGGGCUCAGUUUCGCCCUGACCGCAUAG